AUCUUCUAGCCUUUACCUGGCCCAAGGAGUUAUAUGGACGAUGUUUUCCCUUCAAACAUUGGUAGGCCUGCGUUUGGAGUGAAGUUACUGGCAGGGCCUGUUAGCCUGGAUCAACAAUAUUGUAGUAAUAUGGUGGUUAGCAGGGUUGAGAAGACUGUACACCUGAUGACCAAGGUACAACAGUUGCACGACACGCAGUGUGAAUUGCUAUUAUUACGCAACUGUAUAGGCGUCUCCAAACUCAAUUUCACGCUGCGAACUACCAAUCCUAUGGCCAUCCAAUCUGCGACCUCUCUUUAUGAUCAACACUUACUCAAUUACUUGCGUCAGCUGGUAGUGGGAGAUGGCGCUGGUUUUGGUCCAGUGCAACAACGUUUGGCCACCUUACCUAUCAAGUUCGGUGGUUUUGGGGUUUACACCAUGACAGAUACAGGCCUGUGGUACUACAGUUUCCAACUUCGAUAUCAGAGAUGAUGCCCCCCAUUGUAUGAAGACCCUGACAGCAAAAUACUUUGACUUCGUUAAGGAAACCCUACCCUCAAGCUUUAGCUUGAAU